AUGCAAACAGUGCAAUCAGUUCCCAUAUAUUCACCAAAGACCUGCCAACCGCCCCAGGGUAGUAUUGGGGUUAGUCGUUCGUCGCCUUUUCUCGAUGCGCUCAAAGCCCAGAAAAGGAUUUCCUCAAGGACGUGGUCACUAUUCUGGGGCUGGCAAGGUAUGAAAGCAUCUCAGCAAAUGAAAGGGAAGCUUGUCCCGGGUGGCUCUGACAGAGCGAAGAUCAAAGGCGACAACUUUACCAGGGAGUUUGUCAAUCCCAAGAAGUGUUCUAGUGGAUUGAUGGUCUACGUAAAGCGAAUUCACAUCAUAACGUGGUUUUGUGACGAAAGGAACGUCUUUGACUCGUCAGGGACACCCUCAAUGCAUCUUCCUAGAAAAUCCGACAUUCACGCUAGGCACGGCCUGAUCAUUACCGUCCCGAACCAUCAAUUGGUCCUGCCAAACGUCGCCAUAAUCGCCAUACCUAAGGAUGGAAACAGACAAUCACCAACGACUCACGGAUCACCCCAAUUCUCAAUGCCAGCCCGGAAGGCGCCCCAUACUUAG